AGUCGCACUGUUAUUCUGCCUUGUACGACGUCCCGAGCCUGUCCCACACGUCGAUCAAAGGCCUUGCGCACAUUCUUCCGCCCUCAAUCCCGCAUCCUCCGCUCCAGAUCGUUCUCUUCGCACUAGCGCGUCGAUUGUCCGCUUCGGCCAGCGUUCUAGACCUUUUCGAGACCUCGCAGUCUUCUGAGCCUCCUGUCCGGCUAUCUACUUGCGCCCACUUCUGUCCCUUUGUCUGCGCUCGUGUUCGCUCUACGCGCUGUGCAAGAGCUUCGGAGUACCUGGGUUCUGCUUCUUCUCGCCAGCACGUGGUCGUCCUCUCCGCGGCAUCCAUGACUUGGGCCGGGUGGAACACGCCGUGGUAGAAGCGAUAUGCGCCAGGAUCGCCUGCUGACUGGCGAUGCGAAUCUACUGGCAGCAAAUCUUGCAGUGUCUCCUGGGUCCUCGCAGCAUCCAAUCGGCACCGCAAACGUUGACAGUUACUUCGACAUACGUCCAGAUGGCUCGCAGUCGCCGACAUCUCUCCGCAGCGUCGCCUCUUCGGCUGCACUGGCGAACGCCUCGUCCAAUACAAUCGUGGCGCUGACAGCGUUGCAAUAUCUUCCCAUGCCCGUAUUGGUCCUGGAUUCGCUGAAGGCGGUCGUGGCUGCCAACGAAGCUAUGGGAAGACUCUUGGGCAUCGACCCUAGCGAGCUAGCAAACGACGACGGCCCUGUCGCAACUGUUACCGACGUGCUGCAGGGGAGCCAUAUGUCACAGCUGGGCAUUGAGAUUCUGGUUCACGGAUCGCCUAUCCUCAUUAGCUGGGAUGACUUUCUGGACGGAAUCGUCCAGUCUGGACAGCAGGCUGCGACAGAUCGACAAGCAGCUUUAGACGGAGACAAAUCUGGCGCCGCCAGCGGUUCGACAAUUCGCAGCGGCGAUAGUACCCCGACAGCGAACCAUGCGGCGAGACCUGCAGACUCCUUAGGACGAGAACAGGAGUCGCUUCGGCAGAAUCCCUCGGCCUCCAGCCCUGCAACUGUUAUUGAUUCUUCUGUCGAAGUGAUCAUCACAUCGUUUCGCGAGCGAUCUCCCACUGCCAACAAGAAUGGCCAACCGGUGCGGAGUGCUGACGACAGCACGCUUCAGGCAAACAUGAUUGUGUCAACAUGGUCGAUUGACGAUGUUUCUUAUCACACGUUGACAUUUACUAAUUCGCAGACCGCACAAACUUCUGCUCAGACAGCGAAGACCACUAGACGUACCGUUAAUCGAAGUACGACCUUAAGCCCUCGCCCUCUUGGUUCCUCAAGCUCCAGCUCUUCAGGAAAACGGUCCGUCGCAGGCACAAUUUCCAGCACAGGUAGCUCUACAACGCCCUCUCCUUUAAUAUCAACUCCUACAUUUCCUCCCCUCGGUCCUCCAUCGGCAAAUAUAGGAUCUUCAAGGUCGCUUUUUCAAAAGGCGAGUCGUCUCAAGGAUGCUAUUCUCAACUCCGUAAACAUGCCAUCAUAUGCAAUGUGGAAAGACGAGACUUUCGGAAUUCCCAACAAAGCACUUCUUGCCUUGCAUCCGGAUGGUGCUCCAUUCGCGGGCAGUAACCAACGAGAUUGGCUUUCAGAAUUCACUUUGUACACUGAGGAUUUUGAAUCCGAGUUGAGCGUGGAUGAAUUUCCAAUCAUCCAACUCUGCCGCAGUCAAAAGAGGUUUGAUGGUCGACGCAUCGGGAUGCGUCAUCCAAAAACAAAGGCGAAGAUUGUCUUCGAAGUCCUGGGUGAACCAAUCUUUGAUGACGGGAGCGACGAAUUCCUCGGCGGCAUCGUCAUUUUCAAGGAUGUCACACAAUAUACCAAGCGCAUUGCUGAGCAAAUCGAGGAAAAUGAGAAGCAAUUUGAGUAUAUUGCUAAUCUGAUUCCAAUCAUGGUAUGGAGGACGACGCCUGAGGGUAUUCAUGACUGGUAUUCACAGAGGUGGUAUGACUACACCGGACUCACCGUUGAAGAAUCAUUCGGUGAAGGCUGGAGAGGUGCUUUUCACCCAGAAGACAUGCCAGUCACAAGUGCUCGCUGGGCUCAUUCACUUGCAACCGGCGAAGAAUACAUUACAGAGUAUAGGUGCAAGAGAGCGGAUGGACAGUGGCGAUGGAUGCUGGGCCGUGCAACACCUUUCCUCGACGACAAAGGCAAGAUUGUAAAAUGGUUUGGCACCUGCACAGAUAUCCACGAGCUUGUGGAAGCAAGACGCGAAGCUAGAAAUGUCCGAGAACAACUCCAGCGGGUUAUGGAGCACGCUCAGGUCACUCUAUGGGCAAUUGACACAAAAGGCGUAAUUACACUGCUAGAAGGAAACAUGGUCAAAUCGCCUAUUGCACAUGGCAAAGCGCCUUUCAUCGGUCAACAUAUUGACGACAUCGUCGAACUUGAAACAUGGAGGCCUGCCGUCGAUCGAUUGCUGAGCGGCAGUUCCAAAGACGAAUUUAUCGAGUCACACGUAGGUGGAGACAGAUGGUUUCGUACCAGAGGUCUGCCGCUCUACGCGGAACACACAGACAAGGGCAAUGCCGACGCGAAAGUUAUCGAUGGAAUCAUCUGGGUUUCGGUCGACUCCACCGAAUUGCGGCGGAGAGAGGCCGAGUUGAAAGCUCAGGAGAAAGCAAACGCGAAACUUCUGGCGAACGAGGCAGCUGCAAAAGAAGCAAGCAAGAUGAAGAGCCAGUUUCUCGCGAACAUGAGCCACGAGAUCCGCACGCCUAUUGCUGGCGUGAUCGGCAUGAGUGAGCUUCUGUUGGACACCAACUUGAAUGACGAGCAGCGCGAGUUCGCCGAAAACAUCAAUCGUUCGGCGAACAGCCUGCUGACCGUCAUCAAUGACAUUCUGGACUUCUCAAAGGUGGAAUCGGGCAGACUAGACAUCGAAGAUGUGCAGUUCAAUCUAUCUGUUGUGAUUAGAGAUAUCGGCAAGAUGACUUCCUUCGCUGCCCAGCGGAAGAACCUGACCUACGAGAGCUACAUCGAACCACGUAUUGCACAAGACUUUAAAGUUACGGGCGACCCGGGCCGAUUGCGCCAGAUUAUACAAAAUCUGCUCACAAACUCUCUUAAAUUUACCACUCAAGGAUCGAUCAGCUUGAGCGUUCACACGGUCAGCGAAACGCAAGACACUACGACGCUUUCUUUUGAAGUCAGAGACACUGGGAUUGGGAUUGAGGAAGAGGUCAGGAAAAAGCUUUUCAAACCCUUCAGCCAAGCAGACUCCAGUACGGCUCGAAGGUUCGGUGGAACUGGCCUCGGUUUAACAAUCAGCAAGAACCUUGUAGAACUUAUGCACGGUCAAAUUGAGCUGGAGUCGAAGCUGGGACAGGGAACAACGGCGAGGUUCUGGCUGCCCUUCAAGAAGGUGCAAAACCAGGCUGGUGAGGACGCAAUCGUCGACAUCUCUUCAAUACCUGAUCGACUCCAAUCCGAAGUUUCCAUGUCUUUGGCAAGUGAUCCAGAUCGAACACCGCCUUCGACACCGCCAGUUGGGACAAAAAUUGACACUCCUUCACGUUCCGAGUCCAUACAAACCUCGGUGAACAAAAUACCGGAUGAGUUCAUGAAUCUUGCUCCGGAAGCGAGGGCUAAAAUACACGUCCUAGUGGUCGAGGACAAUCCAAUCAACCAACAGAUUGCUACAAAGACGAUCAAAAAGCUAGGAUUCAGUGUCAGCGCAGUUUGGAACGGUCAAGAAGUGCUGGAUUAUCUUCUCCAGGAACCAACCCCCUCGCAUCCUCGGCCGGACAUCAUCCUAAUGGACGUUCAAAUGCCGAUCAUGGAUGGUUAUCGAGCAACGCAUACUAUACGGACGUCAGAACCCUUCAAGGGGCGGGUUCGAGAUAUUCCUAUCGUCGCCAUGACCGCCUCUGCCAUUCAGGGAGAUAAGGAGAAAUGUCAGAAAGCAGGCAUGGACGAUUAUCUUAGCAAGCCCGUGAGGGCUCCUGUUCUAGAGAAAAUGCUACUCAAGUGGUCUUCACAGGGUCAACACAGGGAUUCAACAAGGAGACACGAGAGUUUGAGUCUUGAGUCUGAAUACUCGCUUGAGUCGUCUGCGCCUUCACGACCCCACUCUCCACUUCUAUCCGGUGGCAGAAAAGCGGGUUUUGCAGCUCCAAGCACAUCAGACCAUUCCAACAUGCGUCCUGCGCAGCGGAAACGAACGCCGUCAGGGGAGUCGCCAUCGAACGUCCAUGACCAGGGAAAGGCCUCUCCGCCGAACGUGGCAUCAUCAAGCAGAGAGUCUUCAGCAGAGCUUGGAGACGACUCCGUCAACACACAAAGCGUCAUUCAGCAGCACAGAUUUCAAAAUGAAGAAGAGGCUUCAAUCUUGCGAGACGACAAGAUGUUGGCCGUGACAGAUAUCCCAACAGCUCCGCGCCGAAGUCUGUCCGGAAACGAGCGAAAAAGCGAGAAACUGCAGUCAGGUCACAAACUAACGAGGGAAAAUUUGGACAAGCACACUAGCGAUCAGCAUUUACCCGACGAAGCAAGAAUGGGAGAUGGCAAAGGGGAGCAACCUUGACUGAGGAUACCUUUUUUUUUUUUUUGAGCGUUUAUAACGCUGAAGCAGUGUCUAGAAACACAACGCGCUGUGCUCAUCAACGGCUUGAUCAAGAUUUAUGCCGGAUUACAAACUUAUAUAUAUAUAUAUAUAUGUAUAUUCUUGAACUCGACAAGCGCUUUUCGAAACCUUUUGUAGUAGCAAGAGUAAACCUACAUUGGGACGAUCAUCGGGGUAAUGACUAAAAGUAUAUAAUCUUAACCAGUUCCAGGAGUGGCAAGUCCCUCCUGAAGGAGAGGAAAUCAUAGUUCUCUAAUUCAUCC